CUCCUAUUGACUGUUGACUCGUAGCUUUGCUUCUUCCUCUGCUCUGCUCUUUCAAUUGCCAAACAGAGGAGAGCGUCUUCAGUGUACGCAAGAAACAGAGCUCCGUCGAUGGUGCGGACGACGGUGCAGGAGCUGGCGGCGGCCGUCGAGGAGCCGCCGCGACAGUACGUGGUGGCGCACGAGCAAGACCAGGACCUGCUGGCCGCGGAUGAGAUGCCGGAGCCCAUCCCUCUCAUCGAUCUUAGCCGGCUGACUACGGCCGACGCCGCCGACGAGGCCGAGGCCGACAAGCUCCGGGCGGCUCUACAGACCUGGGGCCUCUUCCUGCGUACCAGCAGGACGAGAAUGGUUUGUUUCCUGUACACAUCGCGGCCUUGAUGAAUAGGAAGAUGGCAGGGCCAUGCAUAUUCUUCUCCUCAAAACAUGUCGUGGUUGCAUCGCUCUUUAUGACAAGCAGGGGAGAUCCUUUCUCCACGUUGCUGUCCGGAACAUUUUACUCGUUAAUUUCAUGUAGUAUGUUUCUUAAUGGCUGUUUUUGCAGAAUCCGGAGAAUGUGAUAUACAGGACACACUCAGGACACUCAGGACACUCAGGGAAUGCGACUGCUUUCAUCUGCUCCUUAGUAGCUAGCUACAUUUUGCCUCAUGUUCUCCGGCAUGUCCAUGUUUAAACUGCAUAUCCGCCGGUUUCACUUUAUAGGAUAGCCAUGUUCUUCACCUGGAGUUCGCUCACAAGCUUGGCCUACGUACGUAUGGUGCUGAAUCCAGUAGGUGGUGCGCUUUCCAAUUUCAUACAGAUCUUUGGUUCUCUUGCGGUGGCCUAUCAAACCACAUAUUUUAUCAGAGAACCGGUUUGGACUUCAUCGCCCAGAUGCAGAGGCCGGGGUCAUCCUCCUUUUCUAAAAAAGAAAAAACAUGUUUUAUCAGAGAACCGGUUUGGACUUUGGACUUACCUAGUUAUUUAUACAGCGUAUAUAUCUUUCUCGAGGUUCUACUUCGGUUUUGGCCCUUUAUAAUAUUUAUUUAUUUUGCCAUAGUUUGGACCUGAAGCUUGAAGAAGCGGCAGCCAAACGAGUUAAUUGCAAGACACUACCACACUUCAGCAUGUUGUGACGAAUCAGUUCCACUAGUCUUUUUUUUGCCAUGCAGUGCCAACUCUAAGCCUAAGUGUUGCAAAACGGUCUGACAGCCGUAUAAGCUCGUAUUGACCACGUAUCUGACCGACCGGGCCCACUUGUCAGGUGCCACGGGUGGCCUACCCGCGUGCACCCGCUCGGUAACUCUCGCACCCCUCUCGGUCGCUCCAUGUAGCCGGGUCCGGUCGAACCCAACCGAAGCCAGCCGCACUCUAUCCAUCUCCUCGCCAUCGCCCUCGUCUCUCCAGCCGCCGCCGCCGCCGCUCGCCGCGCAGACCGCCGCGUCCGCCACUGCCGCCGCGCCAUGGUCUUCGAGGAUGAGAGCAGCGACGACAUGUCCGGCGUGCAGAUCUCCUCCUCCUCCGACGGGAUGCAUUAUCAGAUUCCUGCUAGCAUUGAAGACCAAGACUACAAUGGCUUGGAGAAUGCACCAGAGGGGCUCUGCGUGGAGCAUCGGCUGCCAACUGAGCGCCGUGUAGCUUUUGAAUCAUUUGAGACGGGCAGGAGGUUUCUAGUUUGUGCUCAGCCUGAAGCUGUCAAUUGUGGUUUCCUUGCUUGGGUUGACCCAAAGUGGCCUCCCACAAUGCAAAAUGCAUUGUUGAAGCUUUGGGAAAUGUUUGAAGACAGCAGAACUGCUAGGAGGAAGGAUAACCUAGAAAGUUCACUUACUAUCCACCACCUUAAAGAAGAGAAAAGGAAUCUGAAUGCCAACUAUGACAAACUAGUUGAAGAUGUCCAUCAACUUCUCAGUGCCCAAGAGGACAGGGCAUUGGAUUUCAGCUCUCUGCAAGCUAAGGAGAAGAGAGAUGAGAGAGCCAGUGCAUCAGUUGUGGCUGCCAUGAAGAAUGAGAUGGAGAAGAAAGAGGCAGAGAACUGAUGAAAGAGAAGUACAAGGUGCUGAUGAACCUGGUAGAAGCUCAAGGCACUGUCAUUAGGGACAUGAAGAUGAAUCAUUUGAAAGAGAAGGAAAAGCUAGCUGAAGGCAACAACAAUUUAAAGAUCCAGGUUGAUGAGCUCACCAAGUCUUUGGAAAAAGUCAAAGAAGAGAAUGUGCAGUUGAACCUUCACAUGUCUGAUCUCAAGAGGGGACAUGAGAAUCUGAUAAAACGCAGGGAUGAGGUAAAGCUCCAGCUUGCUGUUCCGUUGAAGUCACUGGAGAAGAGCAAAGAGAAGUUGAAGUUGAUCCAUGACAUCUUGAAGGAAUGAGGUAGAUGAAGAUGAUCUGGGUAGAUGGAGCAGAGCAUACCUAUCAUGAUAUAAGUUGCUUUGAUAGAAGGCUUUGCUAAACUUUUAUGAAGGGUGGUUUAGUUAAGUGUAAUGUAUGGAUGUAGUAGUUGUGAACAAUGUUGAACUCCACUAUGCUAUGGUCUUUAGCUAAUGUUGUAAGAAUCUAGUAAUU